AUGUCUCGGUGGUUGCUUUCUUUAGUGGCCGGAAGCGCCCUCGUGGCGGCUUCAGGACUUCCCAUGAAGCUCGAGCUACGAAGCCCAGAGUCUAUCGAAGAACCCAUCACCUUCACAUAUGGAUCAUGCCAAGAUUCCUCGGUGGACGCUUCUCAUCACACCAUCAUCAAGUCGGAGGUGCGCGACUCUCAGCGACUCGUCUGGCUCCUCCCAGAGGAUGCAUUUUCCGAUGGAUGUGUUUCCGCGUGGAGCGUCUCUGGGGAGUUGAAGGGCCGAACUAUCCACAUGGACAAUGAUACAGGCAUCGAUACGCUGGGCGCCUGGUUCGAGGGUGUCAACCUCCUGAAAAACAAGGAGCCCGUCGCCGUUGAUGUUGACACUGCCAAGUCAAAGCACGUUGCCAUUGUCGGCGCCGGCAUGUCUGGUCUGAUGAGCUUCCUCGUCCUUAGCCAAGCCGGUAUGACAAACAUCAGCAUUAUCGAAGCUGGUCAGCGUCUCGGAGGCCGCGUUCACACAGAGUACCUCAGUGGUGGUCCCUUCGACUAUUCCUAUCAGGAAAUGGGCCCAAUGCGCUUCCCUGAGCACUAUGUCGACCCCGAAACCAACACAACCUACAACAUCACAGACCACCAGCUCGUUUUCCAGCUUGCCGCCGAGAUGAACGAGCUGAACGGCCACGACAAGAACCUUAGUGUCGAUUUCAUCCCCUGGAUCCAGAGCAACCAGAACGGCCUUUCCUACAAGAACGGCUUCAAGCUUGCUAAUGGCCUCCCUCCAACUCUGGCGCAGAUUGCUGCCAAUUCCUCUCUUGCUGCCGCUGCCACUGUCUACGAUGACGCUACCAACAGCCUUGACGAGAUGGUUGAUGAGUAUAUGCCUGGCAGCGACUUCUCUGUUCGUAUGGCGCAGAACAUGUUCAAGGCCCACCGUGAGUUUCUUGACUCUGGUCUCCAAGGCCUCGGAGGAGAUGUCUGGUCCGAGUACGCAUUCAUGGUGAACUACCUGAAGGGCUCACUCAACUCGACCGACGCACUCGGCAGCUACUCCACCACGUCUUUCUGGGAAAGUCUCUACUCGGGCAUGUACUUCUCUGCAACAUCAUACAAGACUAUUGACGGCGGUCUUUCCCGACUCCCGUUGGCCUUCCACCCUCUUGUCGACGACAUUACCACGAUGAACCGUAAGAUCGAGCGCGUCCAAUUUGACGCAGAGAACUCCAAGGUCAACCUACAAUGGCGCGAGUCGUUCAUGAACCAGACCUUUGAGACCGCCUCGUACGACUACGCCCUCCUCGCUGUGCCCUUCUCCAUCAUCCGCAAAUGGCGCCUGCCUUCCUUGCCUCUGACCAUCUCCAACGCCAUCAAGGAGCUCCAGUACGGCAGCGCCUGCAAGGUGGCGCUCGAGUUCUCCGAGCGGUUCUGGGAGCACUACGAGAACCCCAUCGUUGGCGGCUGCAGCACCACCUCCGACAUUCCUGGCAUCGGCUCCACGUGCUACCCCUCAUACAAUAUCAAACGGCACCGGCCCCGCCACCAUGUUGGCUUCUACGUGCUAGACGCCAUGAUCGAGAUCCACGGCGAGGACGCCCGAGAGCUGUAUACGGGCAAAUAUAACCGCCGCUGCUGGGUCCUCGACCCGCUGGAGAGCGGUAGCUGGGCAGACCCCAUCGCCGGCCAGCACCAGCUUUACAUCCCCGAGUACUUCAAAACGUAUGAUAAUAUGAUCUUCAUUGGCGAGCACACUUCUUACACUCAUGCUUGGAUCGCCUCAGCUCUUGACUCGGGUAUUCGUGGCGCUGUCCAGCUACUGCUUGAGCUUGGCCUGGUUGAUGAAGCGAAGGCGGCUUAG